GAGAACAUUUAUGUUGAACCUGGCUGAUGCAAAUUCUCAAACACGUGAUGGGAAUUAAGAAAUAACGCCUCGGGGGCGACGAAAACAACUUCGCUACUGACGACGGCGUCGACGUCGGCCUUCCCGCUCAAACCCAAGUGCCAACGCAGGCCAUUUAGAGAGAGAGAGAGAGAGAGAGAGAGAUGGUGCCGGCAGCUAUUUCAACUUCGCCCUCAGUCACUUCAUGCCCAAGCCGACGACUUUCACAACGCAAAAGCCAAUCUUACUGUCGAACAGUUUCGACAAUGUCGAACCACGUAUCAAAAUCUACGCUCUCUGUAUCAGUCAACUCAAUCGCCGACCCAGAUAGUCGAACGUGUGAAUGCUUUGAUCUGCAUAACGAGCUGGUCCCGUAUGGGAAGGCAUGGGCAUGGCAAAAGGAACUGGUGAGGCAAAAGAAAGCAUCGAUCCAAAGCGGUGGAGAUUGCCCAGACACGUUGAUCGUACUCCAGCAUCAGCCUGUUUACACUAUGGGCACUGGUAGUUCGGAGGAGUAUCUUAAUUUCGACACGAAGAAUGCUCCUUUCGAUGUUCAUCGGACUGAACGCGGCGGGGAGGUGACUUAUCACGGUCCUGGCCAGCUAGUUAUGUAUCCCAUCAUCAAUCUACGGAAUCACAAGAUGGAUCUGCAUUGGUAUCUCAGGUCGCUUGAAGAAGUGGUUCUUCGUGCUUUGCUAUCAGCCUUUUCUAUCAAGGCCUCCCGUCUCGAGGGCUUUACUGGUGUCUGGGUUGGAGAUGAGAAAUUGGCAGCCAUUGGAAUUCGAGUAUCCCAAUGGAUAGCAUAUCAUGGGUUAGCUCUGAAUGUCACUGCAGAUCUGACACCCUUCCAAUGGAUAAUUCCAUGUGGGCUACGAAAUCGACGAGUCGGAAGCAUAAAGGGAAUUCUCAGAGAAGCUUAUUCGUCCAUUAAUUGUGGAUAUGUCGAUGUACUUAUUCCUGGUGAAUGCCAUUUAGUUGAUAUUGCUUGCGAUGCUCUGAUUGAAGCAUUUGCGGAAGUUUUUCAGCUUGAAGUUUGCCGGAAACCACUCACAGAGGCAUUUUUAAUGGGGAAAUCAUUCUGACUUGUAUACUCAACAUGCUUUGAGUUUUCAAAAUUUGUGGAGGAUCUGUUCUUGUCUGUUUUAGGAAUGUCCUGUUUUUUCUCACAGCCGUGACAGUUAUGGAAAGGCGUUUGCAAUGGCAGCCACGACAAGUGAGAGAAGCAUGCUCAUUGCAACGAUCAGGUACUGGUUAUCGCGGCUGCUGCGACCAUUGUGUAAUAGGAGAAAAACGCAGAUUAUUCUUUGUAACUUUGGCAUUGGUAAUGACAUCCUUAAUUGCUGGUCGCCUGUUACUUUGGUUUUCCUUCUUGUGGACGCAGAACACUACCCGCUGGCUUUGUUGGUUGA